AUGGCGGACGACCUUGCGACUGAAAGCGUUGAACUCGAGCAGCAGCAGAAGCAGGCCACUAGCGUGGCCUCGGCCGCCAAGUCAUUCAUUUCUGGUGGCAUGGGUGGCGUGUGUGCCAUCCUGGUUGGUCAUCCCUUUGACCUGAUUAAGACGCGUCUGCAGACCGCGCCCCCGGGCACCUACUCGGGUGCCAUGGAUGUGGUCGGCAAGACCAUCAAGGCUGAUGGUAUCAAGGGUCUCUACCGUGGUAUGGGUCCCCCUCUGAUCGGUGUCACUCCCAUCUUUGCCUUGUCCUUCUUUUCGUACGAUCUCGGUAAGAAGAUCGUCUACGGUGCGACCCCCCACCGCAAGGACCCUCAGCUCUCGCUUGGUGAGCUGGCCUUUGCGGGCUUCUUCAGCGCUGUCCCCACUACGCUGGUGGCCGGCCCCGCGGAGCGUGUCAAGGUCCUGCUCCAGCUCCAGGGCCAGAACGCCGGCGGCCCCUCUUACAACGGUCCCGCCGAUGUCGUCCGCCAGCUCUACAAGGAGGGCGGUCUCCGCUCGGUCUUCAAGGGUACCGGUGCCACGCUCGCGCGUGACGGUCCCGGCUCGGCUGCUUACUUUGCUGCUUACGAGCUGGCCAAGCGCGCGCUCCUGCCCAAGAACUCCGACCCGAAGGACGUGAACAUCCUCACCACGAUCACUGCCGGUGGACUUGCUGGUAUGGCCAUGUGGGCCUUUGCCAUUCCUCCGGAUGUCAUCAAGUCGCGCUACCAGGGCGCUCCGGAGGGCACCUACAAGGGCUUCCUCGACUGCGCUCGCAAGACGGUCGCCGCCGACGGUGUCGGUGCGCUUUUCAAGGGCUUUGGCCCUGCCAUGGCGCGUGCCUUCCCUGCGAAUGCUGCCGUGUUCGUCGGUGUCGAGAUGUCGUCCAAGGUCCUCGACAAGCUCUUCUAG